AUGUCUGCUCAUGUGUCUGCGGAGAAUGCAAAGAACAAAUUCCAGGCUCAAGAGGUUUCAGAUCGUUUUCCACAUAUGGUUCCGGACUUUCUUCCUGCUCAGUUCUCCGUUUUCCACUCCCACGGAUGGUCAUUUCAACGCAGUUCUCACGGCGUCUCAAGUGUACUUUCGAGUGGUCGAGAAUGCGGCUGCAAAAACACUUUCAGACCGGGUGAUCUUUUGUGAAACGGGCACAGAACGAGGAGACGGGGACCGCACACUUGAUUAGAAAGUCAUAAUCGAACUUGGCAGUUUGUGUCAAACGUGUUAACCGGGCGGAAAAGUAUAUUCGACGUGUAGAUGCAAACAACGAAACAAACAAGUAUUCCCGAUUUCAAAAGGUUAUCGAAACGGUUAGAAGUCAGCGCGAAGUGAGAGAUAUCAGAUAGUGGUGGGUCAAUUGCAUUCCGUUUUGGAGGCGGAAGAAACAAAGGGACCGUGCUCCCGCUGUGUGGGUCCGUUGACCAAAAAUCUUGGAAACUGGAGUCCUCACGGUGUAAUCUACCCAGAUUACUCGAUUUUUUGAUAACGGACGUGGCACGACGAAAAUCGGAGGAAUCGAAGAGUGUUUGGUUUUCAGACAAUGAGCGGAAGCAAAAAAAUCGAGGAUUCCGUGCUGCCCGGCUGGGUCACACUUUGGCUGCUCAUUUCCGGACUCGUGUGCACUUAUGACGUGGCGUACACCAUGAACCGCCCGUUCACCAACGAUCCUGCAAGCGCCAAGGCCGGUUUCCUGUUUGGCGGAUGUGAGUCAGCGCAGCCGCCGCAAGAAUUUUCUAAUUUACUUUCCAACGCAAACUUGGCUUGUGUUUUGUUUGUUUCUCGGCAGUCUUGAUGAAGUCAAAGUUCGACUUGAAUGACCUCGAAACGAUGAAUAGACUGUCUGAUUCGGCCGGUGCGCAGUUUAAAUAGAUGUUUGCAAAAAUGGAAACGAGAGGGACCGUUUCUAUAUACCAUCUUGAAAUCAUUCCAGGGGCACUGUACUCGUCCGUCGACCGUCACUACCUGACCACCAACGACAUCCUCACGUGCUCCACCGGACGGGUGAUGCUCCUCGAGUGCAUGCUCAACUUUAUCGCCAUCGGACUCGCGAUCGCCCGUUCGCGACACGGUCUCCUGCUCGCGUUCACUUCGAAUGUGAUGGUUCUCUGGAAAACGAUCCUCUUCUUCUCCAUCUUUCUCGGCCAACCGGAAGGUCACCUGCCUCCAAUGAAUCCAAACAAAUUCAUUUGGUCGAAGUUUAUGAUUUUCUGGAUUCCCAACGGUUUGUUUAUCAUUUCAAUUGUAACCGAAUCUUUCGGAAGGUUUCACUUUUCAAUGGAAAUGUUUAUCAUUAUACGGAAGAAUGAGGGGGAGGAGGCUUUUAGAAUAAUAACCAAUAUAAAAGAAGAGGUUUGGAACGAUCCCGUCAUUCUCCGACCUCCUCCUAUUCCUCUAUUAUCGCUACUGCUUCGAGUCAGAAGCAUCGAGAGCCUAUCCAGGAAAGCUAUCGGCAGAAAGAAACUGUCCGAGCUGCCCUUGGAUAUGCCCUCGAUUCCCUCUGAACCUUUUCCCAUUCAGGCGUCUGGGUAAUCAUGCCCACUCUCGUUCUCUUCGCGAUCUGGAACAAGCUCGCUUUGCCGCCCAAAAUCUCGGAAAAGUACUGGGAAGCGAGCAAUCGGUGCAGAGGAGACCUCGAUUUCGAGGACAAGCGCAAGAUUUGCGUUGAUUGA